GUUUUGGUUCCAGCCGCUCGCCGUCCUUUCAGACUUGUUCGUCUGAAAGCUUCUCGUUCCUUCCUUCCCUAACCCCUUCCCUUUCCCUUUCCCUUUCCCGGCCCCGGUCCUCCCUCCCUCCUUUCCCUUCUGCCUGCCUCCCUGGGUCCGGGCCAUUUUCCGGGCCAGGCGCUUUAAAGUGCGUGGCCCCGGGGCCCAGUAUAUGACCCGCCGUCUUGCUAACCCUCGCUACCCCCGCCCCAUGUGGCUGCGGGGCCGCUGCGGCGCUGCCCACUAUGGCCCGGAAAGCAGUUAGCAGGAAGCGGAAAGCGCCUGCCUCGCCAGGAGCUGGGAGCGACGCUCAGUGCCCGCAGUUUGGCUGGGAUCACUCACUUCACAAAAGGAAAAGACUCCCCCCGGUGAAGAGAUCCUUAGUGUACUACCUGAAGAACCGAGAAGUCAGGCUUCAGAAUGAAACCAACUAUUCUCGAGUGUUGCAUGGCUAUGCAGCACAGCAACUUCCCAGUCUCCUGAGGGAGAGAGAGUUUCAUCUUGGAACCCUUAAUAAAGUGUUUGCAUCUCAGUGGCUGAAUCAUAGGCAAGUGGUGUGUGGCACCAAAUGCAACACGCUAUUUGUAGUGGAUGUGCAGACAAGCCAGAUCACCAAGAUUCCCAUUCUGAAGGACCGGGACCCUGGAGGUGUGACCCAGCAGGGCUGUGGUAUCCAUGCCAUUGAGCUGAAUCCCUCCAGAACUCUGUUAGCCACUGGAGGAGACAACCCCAACAGUCUUGCCAUUUACCGGCUGCCUACGCUAGAUCCUGUGUGUGUGGGUGAUGAUGGACACAAGGAUUGGAUCUUUUCCAUUGCAUGGAUCAGUGAUACUAUGGCGGUAUCUGGCUCACGUGAUGGCUCUAUGGGACUCUGGGAGGUGACAGACGAUGUGUUGACCAAAAGUGAUGCAAGGCACAAUGUGUCACGGGUCCCUGUGUAUGCUCACAUCACUCACAAGGCCUUAAAGGACAUUCCCAAGGAGGACACAAAUCCUGACAACUGCAAGGUCCGGGCUCUGGCCUUCAACAACAAGAAUAAGGAAUUGGGAGCAGUGUCUCUGGAUGGUUACUUUCAUCUCUGGAAGGCUGAAAAUACACUGUCUAAGCUCCUCUCCACCAAACUGCCAUAUUGCCGUGAGAAUGUGUGCCUAGCCUAUGGUAGUGAAUGGUCGGUGUAUGCAGUGGGCUCCCAAGCUCAUGUCUCCUUCUUGGAUCCACGGCAGCCAUCAUACAACGUCAAGUCUGUUUGCUCCAGGGAGCGAGGCAGUGGGAUCCGGUCAGUGAGCUUUUAUGAGCAUAUCAUCACUGUGGGCACAGGGCAGGGUUCCCUGCUGUUCUAUGACAUCCGAGCUCAGAGAUUCCUGGAAGAGAGGCUCUCAGCUUGUUAUGGGUCUAAGCCCAGACUAGCAGGGGAGAAUUUGAAACUAACCACUGGCAAGGGCUGGCUGAAUCAUGAUGAAACGUGGAGGAAUUACUUUUCGGACAUUGAUUUCUUCCCCAAUGCUGUUUACACCCACUGCUACGACUCGUCCGGAACGAAACUCUUUGUGGCAGGAGGUCCCCUCCCUUCAGGGCUCCAUGGAAACUAUGCUGGGCUCUGGAGUUAAUGACAACUAACUCUUUCCCAAAAUGUAGAGAUUUACAC